AUGUGUGUGAGUGGUACCAAUCUCAUUCUUGAUGACUUUUACACAAUAACUAACAGAAAUACAGUCAAAAGUCUUUACAUACAUCUUCUUCUUCACACUCAACCAUGGAAUUUCAUAUCACACUACUCAAAUUCAAUCUUCAUUCACAAAGCCGUUUGGUUCAAAGCCGGGUCGCAAAUCUUCAGUAUGGGCGGGCUCGACUAUCUGGGCAACCCGAGUUUGGUCCACGCGCAAAGCAUCUUGGCGAUAUGGGCGACCCAAGUGCUUCUGAUGGGAGCCGUUGAGGGCUACCGUAUUGACGGUGGGCCCCUCGGUGAAGUGGUGGACCCGUUGUACCCGGGUGGAAGUUUUGACCCGUUGGGUCCUGCUGAGGACCCGGAAGCUUUUGCGGAGCUCAAGGUAAAGGAACUCAAGAACGGCAGACUUGCAAUGUUCUCAAUGUUUGGAUUCUUUGUUCAAGCCAUUGUUACGGAUCCGUUGGAGAAUCUUGCGGAUCAUCUAGCCGACCCGGUUAACAACAAUGCUUGGUCUUAUGCCACAAACUUUGUUCCCGGAAAGUGAGAUUGUAAUUCAAAAAAUUCUGAUUGUGAAGUCGA